AUGGAAGAUCCAGUUAAGCACAUGCCUGACAUUUUUUCUCCUGGCGGCAUCGAAGAUGAGGUCAGGCAGUGUGAGAUGUCUCCAUGUCAAAACAGUGGCACGUGUAUCGACGAGGUCUACGACUACGAAUGUGUGUGCAUUGAUGGAUAUAUGGGAAAGAACUGUGAAAUAUCUGAGGAUGAUUGUCUGAGUAACCCUUGUAAGGAAGGAGACUGUCUUGACGGGAUACGAGAAUACACAUGUGUCUGCACACCCGGAUAUACAGGAGUAGACUGUGAAGUUGAUAUCGACGAGUGUGCUAGUACUCCAUGCCUGUUUGGAGGAACAUGCAUAAAUGACAUUGUAAAUCAGUGGAGCUGUGAUUGUCCUGUAGGCUACACAGGAGAGAGAUGUUUAAACGAAGAGAAUGAGUGUAUGAGCAAUCCCUGUCAUAGCGAGCACGCUUUUUGUGAAGACAAAAUCGCCAGUUUCAGCUGUCAUUGUUUUCCUGGUUAUAUUGGAGACAACUGUGAAACCAAUUAUCAAGAGUGCCUGAGUCAACCCUGUCUCAAUGGAGGAACGUGUACUGAUGGUAUCAAUUUCUUUACAUGUAGCUGUAUGGCCGGAUUCACCGGUUCCUAUUGCCAACAUGAAAUCGAUGAAUGCAGCAGUAAUCCAUGCCUUAAUGGAGGAUCAUGCGCUGAUGGUGUGAAUGGAUUAACUUGUUCCUGUGUUUCUGGUUUCACCGGCGAACGCUGUGCUACAGACCUCGGUUCCUGCGCACUGAUGUUCCAUCCAUGUACCAACAAUGGCUUCUGUGUGGAUCAAGCGAAUUCAUAUAAAUGCAUCUGUGACCCAGGAUACACGGGAGAUGCCUGCGAAGCAAAUAUUGACGACUGUUCGAGUAAUCCUUGUGAGAAUGGAGGGACAUGUAUCGAUGAUGUAGCUGCUUACUCGUGUCUUUGUCGAGAGGGAUUUGUAGAAACAAACUGUCAAACAAAUACCGAUGAAUGCAGCAGUAAUCCAUGCCUAAAUGGAGGAUCAUGCACUAAUGAUGUGAAUGGGUUUACUUGUUCCUGUGUUUCUCGUUUCACUGGCGAACGCUGUGCUACAGAUAUUGACGACUGUGCGAGUAACCCUUGUGAGAAUGGAGGGACCUGUAUCGAUCUUGUAGCUGCUUACUCGUGUUUAUGUCGAGAGGGAUUUUUAGAAACAAACUGCCAAACAAGAUCGAAUGAGUGCUUCAGUAAUCCCUGCAUUCACGGACAGUGUGUAGACUAUCAUAAGAGGUACCAGUGUCGAUGUGACGCUGGUUAUACAGGGUCUUCAUGCGAUACAGAACUAAUGUGUUCACCCCUAAGUGAUCCACCAGAAGGAACAGAAUUCACCAAUCCGACAAAUCUAUACUUCUACGGUGACGUGUUGACUGUCUCAUGCCGUGAUUCGUCAGCUUCUACUCUGUGGAUCUGCCUUGGUACUAACACUUGGAACAAACACGAGCUAGUCUGUACAACAGACUCAUCAAAGCAGACUCUGGUAAUGAUUUCUGCAUUGCUUGGAGUACUUCUCAUUGUCUUCAUCAUCACAUGUGCUUUAUACAUAAUAUAUCGUCAUCGGACUGGUUCUGCUAAUCUGAAUACGAUCAACAGCUCCGUUCGAAUGACAGGAGGAGAGGUUCAGUUUGGUGGAAUCAGUAAUCGAAGCUUCGAGAAUGAUAACCGGCCCUCCCGCCCGCCUUCCUAUACCGAAGCGUGACCCCUGUGAAAUACCUACUUAUACCGACACAAAGUGACCCCUCGACGACUUUCCUAUUCCGAAACUUAAUGACCCUUUUCAAAAAUCUUCUUAUACCGACCGACCGACACUUAGUGACCCCUGCCAACCAUUUUCCAAUUCAGAAACUUAGUGGCCCAUUCCAGAAAAUCUUCUUAUACCGACAUUUAGGAACCCUCAAACGUCCUUUCGAAUUCGAAACUUAGUGACCUCUUCCAAAACAACUUCUUAUUACGACACUUAGUGACCCCUUGAGACAAUUCCUAUGUAGAAACUUAGUGACCCCGUCCAAAACAACUUCUUAUACCGACACUUAGUGACCCCUCAAACCGCCUUCCUAGUCCGAAACCUAGUGACCCCUUCCGAAAACCUUUGUAUACUGACCGACACUUAAUGAGCCUUCCUGUUUGGAAACUUAUUGACCCCUGCCAACCUCUUUCCUAUUCGAAAACUUUGUUUAAAUUUGAAGAAAAUAAUGAAAUAUUUACUAUUGAACAACAAAAUAUUUACUCAGGAGCUAACCUCGAUUAGCAUGUUGCUAUUGUCAGCUCUAGUUACCAAAUAAUAUGUAUGUAUAUUGUAUUGACUAAAAAUGAAGGUAUAUGUUGAUGAUUCGGUAAUAAAUUCAAACUUCAGAUACGUAGUUAUGUUUAAAUUGAGAAUCAGCCGAAGCUGAGUAGAAAGCGGUGGGUUUGAGAACAUGCAUUGAAUUUAAUUCAUCAAACCAUAUAGGCCUACAUGUAAAAAGAAAAACAUUCAAUAGAAAAAAGAAUAAACAUACAAAAUAAAAAGCAAUUAUAUGGUCAGGACCACAAAGAAGCAGAUUGCUCAUAAAAACGCCACCACUUAACACAAAUUAAAUACGAUUUAGUCACCAUACCCACUAAAACACACACACGCACAUACAAAAUAAAUCAUACCUACACGAAAUACUGUAUUUACUUGCACGUGAAUCGAUAUAAGCUUUUUGGCGUCCCUUAACGAAUAAUGCAUUAGAAAUAUAUAUUACGUUCAGAUAUAUUCGAUUUAUCAAAACUGUACAUUUUUUGGAUUACUUUGAAUUAAAAAUUUAUUUUUAUAUUGUGAGAUUUUGUUUUAUGUUGACCAAUAUGUAUAUAAUGCACGGUGGACAUUAUCAUUACAUUCUCCGUAUGGGAUAAAGGUAUUUCUCAAUAUCAUUGCUGAAAUAUAUUAAAUUGUAAGUUUAUAGUAAUUUUUUACUGAGGAAUGAGAUUUAGAAUGUGUACAUCAAAUAUUGGGAAUAGUAUACGAAAUUGCAAUUAUGUUGUAACCAAUUUAUAAUCGGAAUAAAGCUUUAAUAAGUCUUUUCAUUCUUUUGACAUCAAAUAUUUUAAAAAUAAUUAUGAAGUAUUGCGUUCUGUCUAUUAUGGUAUUCACUUGUUGUUAUAUAAUAUAACUGUUUUGGCUAUUCAUAUGUUAUCGAAGUUUGUUAAACCAACAGGAUAGUGCAUUACUUUGGUUGAAAUUGUGUUUUUAUGUUCAUUCUCACAAAUUGUUAUCCUCUGUUGAUGCAUUGUUGAAAUAAAGUAGUCACUUUAUAUAUCAAGCGAUUUAAAGGAAAACAGUA